AUGGAUAAUUAAAAUUAGAGAAGAAAGAGCAAAUUUUCAUUUUCUCGAGCUCCAAUAAGUGAUAAUGGUUAGACAAAUACAUUGCAAUAAUUUAAAAAUAAAUUUAAAGGUAAGAGUAAAGUGUAGAAUAGAUUAGGUUAAAUGUUGCAAUUAAUAAAUAAGAAUGAGAGUGGGAAUAAUAAAGAAUAGGAGAUUUAAUAAUUUUUGAGUCGAAUAAAUGUAGAAUUAGAUGUGGAAGAUUAUAAAUAUAUAAAAUUUGAUUUAAGUGAAUAUAAAGAGAAAUAUGAGGAAGGAUAGGUUUUAGGAGAAGGAUGUAUAGGAUUAGUAAAGAGUAUAGUAAGGAAGAUAGAUGGUUAAGAGUUAGCUUGUAAGACAGUAAAAACAGAUGCAGAGGAAAUAGUAAAGAAUGUAGAUGAAAUUAAUAUAUGUGUUAGAUGAUAUUAGAAUUCAAAAAUCUAAAAAAGUUGAGUCAUCGUCACAUAGUAAAAAUGGAAGAAUUAUACAUUUAAUGGAAUGAAGGAUUCUAAUCAACUGGAAUAGUUAAUGUAGUAAUGGAGAAGGUGAAAGGAAGUGAAAUGUUUGAAGUGAUUUAGAAAUAAAAGAAUUAUAGUGGUAUUUGAAUAAAUAAGAAUAGAGUGUACUGCUAGAAUAUUAUUUAAAUAAAUAUUAGAAGCAAUUGAAUAUAUGCAUGAAAAUUAUUGUUGUCAUAGAGAUUUGAAACCUAAUAACAUUUUAUGUGCUGAAGAUGGUAGAUCAAUUAAGAUUACUGAUUUUAAUGUAUUAAAUUAAAUCAUUUUAUAAGGUAUCCAAAUUUACAGAUGGAUAUAAAGAAUUUGGUAAUCUAAAUGAACAUGGUAAAAUAGAAAUGUGGACAUAUACAGGAACUGUUGCUUUUUCAGCUCCAGAAAUAUUCUCAGGAGGAUUAUACAAGUAAUCAAUAUCAUUAUUUAUUUAGUGAAUAAGUAGAUUUAUGGAGUGCUGGUGUUAUAUUAUAUGUUAUGUUAAGUGGAGAAUUACCAUUUAAUUCUGAUUAUUUGAAUGAUUUGAUUGACAAAAUACAAUAAUGCAAAUAUGAAAUGAUUGGUUAAGUCUGGGAUUAAGUCUCUUGUUAAGCGAAAGAUUUAAUAAGCAAUCUUUUAUAAUUUGAUCCUUUAAAAAGACUUACUCCAUAAUAAGCUUUAGAUCAUCCUUGGGUUAAAAAUGAUCAAAAUUCAUCUGAUUUACCUAGAGAUAAAUUAUAAAAGAAUAUGGCUAGAUUUUUGAAUUGGAAACCAUAAGAAACAUAAGUAAAUGCUAAAAAAAUUAAAUAACUAUGUUUUCUUUUUGGAGCUGCAGACAUUUGGAAAAGACACUCCUUGAAACAUUCAUCUGUCUCUAAUAUUUCAGAAGAACUUAAGAAAUUCAAGUCUAUUGAUAUCACUUCUUUUCAAACUACAGAACAUAUACAAGUAAUUAAGGAUAAAAAUUCAAAUAACCUCUAUCAUAUUGAUUAUCCUUUUAGUGAUGAGGAAUUUGAUUGA